GAAAUGGGUCUUGAGAGUUAAUGAGUCUGGAUAAGACGCAUCAAUGUGGAAGCAUCUGCUUCAUACGUUUUAGGGACAGAUCUCUGGAACAGUAAAGAAUAAAUAAAAACCCUUCCAGAAUUGCUGCAUUUCACAAUGAAGAAAAUUAGUCUCAAGACCAUCCGCAAAUCUUUUAACUUAAAUAAAAGCAAAGAUGACAGUGACUUCGUUGUGGUUGCACAGCCAUCAUUAAAUGAUUUUGGAAAAGAUGACUCCAUGUUUGCCAGCUGUUAUAGUAAAGAUUUGGCUAGUUGUGACAUCAACAGCGAAGACGAGAAAGGUGGCAAAAACAGAUCAAAGCCUGAAAGCUUAAUGGGUACAUUAAAAAGACGACUUUCAGCAAAACAGAAGCAAAAAGGUGGAAAGGGGAGCACGCCAUCCGUGAGCUCUGCUGAUGAAGAUACCUUUUCUUCUUCUUCUGCUCCAAUAGCUUUCAAAGAUGUAAGAGCUCAAAGACCUCUUCGAUCCACAUCCCUCCGAAACCACCAUUACAGUCCAACACCAUGGCCCCUUCGGCCAACAAACUCAGAAGAAACAUGUAUAAAAAUGGAAGUGAAAGUAAAGGCCUUGGUCCACUCUUCAAACCCAAGUCCUGCACUGAAUGGUGUUCGUAAAGAUUUCCACGACUUGCAGCCAGACAGCAGGUUCCACGAACAAAACAGUGCAUUCAAAAGUACAGAAUCUCAGAAUGGAGAUUUGCAUCUUCAUAUUGAUGAACACGUGCCUGUAGUUAUUGGACUUAUGCCUCAGGACUACAUUCAGUACACUGUGCCUUUAGAUGAGGGAAUGUAUCCUUUGGAAGGAUCACGUAGUUACUGUCUGGAUAGUUCCUCACCCAUGGAGGUUUCAACUGUUUCUUCUCAGAUGGGUAGUAGUACAUUUCACGAAGAAGAGGGUUCAGUGAAUCAAGACGUAGUAGUUGCUCCGGAUAUCUUUGUGGACCAAGCAGUAAAUGGUUUAUUGAUUGGUACAACAGGAAUCAUGUUGCAAAGUCCAAGAGUUAAUGAUGUUCCUCCGCUCUCGCCAUUGCUACCUCCAAUACAGAAUAAUCAAAUCCAAAGGAACUUUAACAGCCUGAAUGGCACAGAUGCUCAUGUGGCUGAAAGUAUGCGCUGCCAUUUGAAUUUUGAUCCUAACUCUGCGCCUGGAGUUGCAAGAGUCUACGAUUCUGUACAAAAUAGUGGCCCGAUGGUUGUAACAAGUCUCACAGAAGAACUAAAAAAACUGGCAAAACAAGGAUGGUACUGGGGUCCAAUUACACGAUGGGAAGCCGAGGGAAAAUUGGCUAAUGUUCCUGACGGUUCAUUUCUUGUGCGAGACAGCUCUGACGACCGUUACCUUUUAAGUCUGAGUUUCCGUUCUCAUGGUAAAACACUUCAUACUAGAAUUGAGCAUUCAAAUGGUAGGUUUAGCUUUUACGAACAACCAGAUGUGGAAGGACAUACUUCUAUAGUUGACCUAAUUGAACACUCAAUUAGGGACUCUGAAAAUGGUGCAUUUUGCUAUUCGAGAUCUCGAUUACCUGGAUCUACAACUUACCCAGUGAGACUAACCAAUCCAGUAUCUCGUUUCAUGCAAGUGCGUUCCUUGCAGUAUCUGUGUCGAUUUGUUAUACGUCAGUACACUAGAAUAGAUCUGAUUCAGAAACUGCCUUUGCCAAACAAAAUGAAGGAUUAUUUACAAGAAAAGCACUACUGAAGGCUUAUGGGAAACUUGCAGCUUGCACUUUGGGAAUAAGAACAACAACAAAAAAUUAAAAAGAGAGCGGUUGAUACACAGUUUACAAACUUAAUUAUUACUAGGGUUUUUUUGCUGCCAUAAUUUCAUUUUUGUGCAUAAAGAAGAGUAAUGCAUUUUGAGUUUAAUGAUAUUUGGGGGUUUUCUUUUCUAAAACAAUGAUGUCAAAGGGUUUUUUAGAAGAGUAAAAUAACUAUCUUUCAUUCAGUGUGCAAAAUAAUCACAAUGUGAAUGAUAAACAUUGUCCUUGAACUCCCCAUCUCCUUUGCUGCUAAUCCACUGUGAUUUUUAUGCAUUUGAAGCACAUUUCAUGUGUUUUCGACCAUAAGUAAAAAAUUGAAACUUGAUGGGAUAUAUUUUGUCAUUUUCAAAUGGUCUGGGUUUUUUUUUUUGUUUGUUCUUAAUUUAAAAAAAUGUCGGGGGUAAAAUAUACUGGUGUACCGAACUUGGAUACAUGCUUAAAACAAUUCCCUAAUAUCUAAUUAAAAACGUAUAACUGUUGGUUGGAGGGAAUAUGUGAUCCAAUACAGUUUGCAUCAUAUAUUUUGAAAGCUUCCUUUCUCCUAAGCAGUUCCAUUAUUGCAGAUGUUGCUUUGUUUCUUUUGUUCAUUCUUAAGCAUUUUUAAAUUUGAAAAUAGCCGUUGAAAAACAUUUGUAAAAUAAAUACUGAAAGUCAUUAAUAAUAUUCAGACAAAAGCUAAAUAUACUUAAAUUAAAACAUUUUAAAAAUAUUUGAAGGGGUUAUAGAAAUCUGAUUUAAAUAAAACUAUUCAGGUAACUUCAGAACUGUGAGAUUUGUCCCCAUUGAAACUUUAAAAAUAUGUGGCAUUGAAUUUAAAAGUACAGGUAGUCCUUAAUUUACAACCAUUCAUUUAGUUAUGACACUGAAAAAAACAAUGGACAACUGGUCCUUGCAGUUAGGACACAGCAUCCCCAUGGUCACAUGAUCAAAAUUCAGUUGCUUGGCUACCUGUACACCAGUAUAUUUAUGACAUUUACAGCAUCAUGGGGUCAUGUGAAUGCCAUUUAUGACAUUUGUGUCAUGGGGGAAGCCAGAUUCUGUUAAUGACUACAUGGGUUACUUAACUGUAGUGAUUCUUUUAAUAAAAGAUAAUAACAAAAAAGAUAACAACAUUGGGCAGAACCACUACCUUGUUUAUUAACAGAAAUCUGGUUCCAGUUCUACCUGUAUCCUGCAAUUACUACCAACAAUUGGACCUUAAACAGCUCAUCUUAAAGGGAAUUUAAAUUCCAUUAAUUUCCUUGGAUGAGUUAACCACAUGUAUAACCUUUUCCCAUGGAAAAUGAUAAGAUUAAGAAGUACUUAACUUUGAUAGAAUAUGGCCUCAGUUUUAAAUGUACUUUAUUGUUCAGCAUUAAUUUUCCAUCGUUAUAAUUUAGUUUAAUUGGCAAGUGACCAGAACCUAAAUUAACCUCCGAUUAUUACUCUUUAAAAUAAAAAUGCAUGUUUUAAAAUUAAAGACAAUGACAUUAAAUAGCAAAAUAGUCACCAUAGGAAAUAUUCAAGUGGGUACAAGUUCUUAUGUGAAAAAAGGAAAAUCCAUACAAUUUUGGAUACUUAUAAUGGGAUAAUCUGCCAGGAACAAUAGGAUUUCCACAGCCUCAGUAUAUUAUUUUCUCUCACUUUAGUGGGGUCUGCAUAGGAGAAAUUUCCAAUGAAUUGGAAGGCCUAUAAAUGAGGCUGUUUUACAGCCUGGACUCAGUCUUGACAAAGGCCUUCUCCUGUUUUGAUGAAAAAUUGGGGAAAGUUGAUGUUAAUUGGCUCCAUUGCCUUCAGUAGGCUUUAAGUCUGAUGGUGUUGUUUUGUGUAUGUUUUUGUAGAAAAAAAUCCAAUAUGUUUAUAAAGAAUUACAGCCUAACUGUUUAAAAAUAUUUGUGGUCAAAAGACUAUUUCUGCAAGUUUUUCCAUGAUGAACAUUAUACUGUGGAAGCAAAGUAUUCUUACGUUUAUAAGAAUUUCUGUGAACCAAAAUCUUAACAAGUAGGAAAUUGUAUUCUGAAAUUUCUGAAUAAAAUCAUGCAAUUUGAGAGUGUGGUUUUAAAGUUAAAGAAAUUAGUUUGUGCCACUGCAAUGUGUCUUUC